GCGGUUACGUCGAAAACUUUUGCUGUUACAUAAAAAACGAAACUUCGUUAAUAUGAUUUUGAUAUUUUAUUUUUGACAAACGAAAAUUGUGCGGUGUGUGUGUGUGUUGUGGAUUAAACUAUUUAAAAUAUAUUUAUUCAUAUAUAUAUAUAUAUAUAUAUAUAUAAAAAAAAAAUGAAGGUUAUAUUAUUAUUUGUGUUGUUUAUCGCCCUUUUAACCGGCUUGGGGGAAGCCAGAAUCAAAUCUCCUUUAUUGGACGAAGAUUUACCCAGAUCUAGGAACAAAGCUGCCGAAUGUAUAUUUGGUAAACAAAUAAGGGAAUUGGGAUCGCAAUGGAUACCAGAUUUGGGAGUUCCCAUAGGAGUUUUAUACUGCAUGAAAUGUGAAUGCGUACCGUUUCAGAGAAAACGGAGGAUCGUGGCUAGAGUCCAAUGUAGAAACAUCAAAAACGAAUGUCCUGAACCGACCUGCGAAGAUCCCGUUUUAUUACCGGAGAGAUGCUGUAAAACGUGCCUUGGCGAUAAUAAAAAUGAACCCGACGUUAUAAAAGAUAUCGUCCCACAAAACGUCGUCGAAGAUGAAGAGAAAAGAAUCAACCAUUUCGCGGCCCUUCUCACCGGCAGAUCGUCUCUGGACCUCCGAAACGACACGUCUACCAAAGAUUUGAAUAAAAGCACCGUGGUGGCGACCGGAAGAUUCACGUUCCACAAAAGGAACCUCCAUUAUUCGUUUUAUAUAUCGGAAAAGGCGGCCAGACCUAGAUCGUUGCAUUUUAUGGACAAUCAAGGCAACAUCCUCGAGGAGUUCACUUUAUCUCACGCCGGAGGAUUGGUCAACAGUCUUUAUCAGAACGCUACGAGAAAAGUUUGCGGGAUAUGGAGAAGGCUCCCGAGGGAUUACAGGAGAUUAUUGAAACAAGAAAAAAUGUACGUGGUUUUAAUAUGGGGUACUAAAGAUACGGAAUUCACCCUUAGCGGAAAAUUAACUAAAUACGUAGCGCUCGGUAGCGAAUUAUUUAGUUCGCUUUUGGAACCAGCUCCCGGUACCGACUCGACUAGAAUGGCGGGUUCGGGUGGUACCGCUAUAGUAUCGACAUCGUCAACACCCUCGCCCUCCGUACAUAUCGCUAUAAUAUUUAACGGCUUAUUCGACGAUCGAGAAUCCUCGGGGGUGCCCAUAAACGUAAUGCUGGCCGUUGACGAAAAAAAACAAAUCAUUCUCGAAGGGAAUAUAAAAGUGAAUUUGCCGGCACCGGAUUUGAAUUUCGUUGAAAUAAGCACUCCGAUAUCCCUAUCGGAACUACGUUCCUUAUCUAGAGGUAGAAUACUGUUAACGGUAUCAUCAGUUUCGGAUCCGAAUAAUUUACGACUCAGCGGUAGCGUUAUAACGAAGGUAACGUGCGAGAUCUUUCAAACGAUCUUGACAGGGGAAAAAGAUCUAACCUCAAUUACCAGCGGUUUAGCUUGGAUGUACCUGAAUAAUCAAGGGGCUCUAAUAUACAGUAUCCAAGUGGAUAGUAUGGAUCAAGAGCAAUUCCACACAGUUACUUUGACCGAUACCACCGGAAAGAAGAAAGCGGAAGUGCUUACGCCGGCUUUUCACGACGGAUGGGCAAACGGUACGGAAGAUAGGAUGGUUCAUAAAAUUUUAGAGCCUCUAUACAACAGUAGAUUAGAUAUGAGAAUAGCCGUGGGUAAUGGUAGUUUACACGGGCAUCUUAAUGCUAAAUUAGUAGCUGACGCUAGAGACGCUCCGGCUCCAUUGUUGCUUAAAAGAGAAAAUUUCAGUCUACCAUCAUCGGUAGUGGGUCUUGCUUGGAUUUCUGUUGAUACCGAUUGUCAUAUACAUUACGACGUUUCCGUUUCCGGAUUGGGACACGAAAAAAAAUUGCAGUUAUACUUGGAGAUGUACCCAAUUAUAGCACCCGGUGCACCGGUUCUAAUUAAAACUUUGGAAGAAUUCAUCGGUAAUCAAGUAGAAGGUAGCCCCAUAGACGUUCUUACCAAAGAAGAAUUAGACAUGUUAGAUAGCGGAGUAAAUUUCGUUAAAUUAAAAGAUUCCUUAUCUAAUUUAGUAUUAUUAUCAGCGACAUUAACAAAGGUCAAGUUGCCGAUAUCUUGCAGGCCUUCCCAUAGAGAUAGAGAUAACAUAGUUCCAGUUAUAAACGAUAUACCGGAUGGAGCUCAUCCAACGGAAGAUUGUUUUUUCGAAGGAAAAUUCUAUAAAAGGGAUAGCACUUGGGUAUCUAAGAAUCCUUGUCAGAUGUGCUUCUGUCAAGACGGUCAGGCGUCUUGCGACCGUAUGACUUGCCCGGAUUUAACAUGUACCCCUCAUAACAAUCUAACAACCCCCGGAGAAUGUUGUCCCGUAUGUGGGGACACGGAAUUAUUGAAAAGCAAUAGAAAAUGCGUUUUCAACGGUAUGACUUACUCUUCCGGUAGUAAAUUCCAUCCGUUUCUCAUACCGAUCGGCUUCGACGACUGCACCAUAUGCACUUGUGACCCUGUUGAUUUGGAAAUAAAAUGUAGAAGAAUUGAAAGUAAUUCGGCCAAAUGUGGUAAAGGAGCUAUUACGACACCGGAAACUUUGAGCGAAGACGAUAUUAGAAAGUGGUCUAUAAAACGAAAAGAAGAAGUUUCGAAUACGGAAUUAAUCAUAAAAGAAGGUGGUUGUAAAAAUUAUAAUAACCCAGAGAAGCCCUACAAAAACGGCAGUUCUUAUCACCCCUAUAUAGCGUCGCUCGGAGAAUAUAAAUGUGUCACCUGUAAAUGUCAGAAUGGUACACAAACUUGCGCCAGAGAACGAUGCGAAUGGAAAAAUUGCAAACUGGUUUUCGAUUUACGAAAAACUAAAACAAAAAACAACAAAAAAAUGCCUGUAACUUUCUCGGAUUACUGUUGUUCUUUAAAAGAAUGCCGGAAAAUUAGGCACAAGAAGAAAGUGGAAGAAAGGGCUUCUCACAAACAAUGAAAGACGGUUUUUUUUUAAAAAACACUUUCUCAUGUUUUGGAAUUAUUUAUCCUAAGUUUUGGAAAUUCUUAAAAGGUGGAUUUUUUGAGUCCUUGUUACCCCUUAACCAAAGAAGACUGAGGCAGCUUAAGAAUGGCGAUGAUGAAGAGAGAAAGAGAGAGAGAACGACAGAUAGACAGCUGCCAAAAGUAUUUAUUUACAAUUAGGUUUUAUUCUUAAGGGUAGGAAUAUGUAGAGAAUCAGUCAUAAAUAAACAAAAAAUCAAUAUCAAAAUUAAAUCACGGAUGUCAUUUUCAUAACAAUAAAUAUUCUCAAAAUAUGUUUUAUACUUCUCUUUAAAUAUUUUUAAUCGAGACAUUAUGGAAUGACGUUGUAGUAGGCGGAGCAAUUACCGCCAUCUUGACAUUACGUGUUAGUACAUUCAGUAUGCAGCCAGCAGAGGUAGCGUGCACUUCGUUGCUAUUGUACUUUGUACACAAUGGAGUAUUUCAAGUGAAAAUCGAGUCAAUUGCAAAGUACUGUGAUAAGGUUUUUAUUGUAAAAAAAUUUACACGUGUGGCGAAACACUCGACGAAAAAAUUCUGUUUUUCUCAUACUCAACAGAUCUGCAAUAAUCUUGAAGUUACUAGUCAUGAAGACUUGGCAACGCUUUAUCUUUGAAAUAUUAAAAACGUGUAAAUAAUUGAAUGUUUUUCUGUGAUUUAAUACUCAAUUUCCGAAAAUAAUUUAUAAUUUUGUUUUUAUCAAUCGAAAUAUCAAAGUUUAAAUUAUUAUAAAAAUUUCGAGUAAUAAUAAAAGGUUUUCAUAUAACCUCAAAAAUUUGACGAAUUCUUGCAAUAUUUCUCCCUUGUAUAUUUGUAUAUAUAGUUCAAGCACUUGAAAGCAAAGUCAAAUUAUAAAGUUCGAUAUUUUCUUUGAGAAUUUAAGGCAUAUGAGAUUUUAUUUAUUUAUAUUUUUGUAAUAUUUUUCAUAAGAACGAUUAUUUGACUGUGCUUAUAUAAUUAACUAUUUAUUUGACAAAAAUAUUGUUUGUAAAUGAUUCCACGGUUUGUAGAAUAUAACUCAAAGAGCUUUAAUUAAAGUACAGUCUUGCAAUAAGUAUCAAUAUCAUUAAAAGUAUAAUUAUUUUUGUGUUGAAAAAGUCUGGCAACAAUGAGCUAUAAAAAUAUGUCUGCAAUAUCAAAUCAAACUAGAUCUGUCAAUUAAAGAAUUGGUAUAGAAUCGAUUAUAAUUGUGACUCACAUUAUUGUUUUCAAUUGUGACUCACAUUAUUGUUUUCGUAUCGAGACGAAUUAAUUUAUUUCAGAUCUUUGAGUUAUACUACAAACAUUUGAGAGAAUUUUUUCUCAAUACUCAUUAUAUUAGAGAAGAAGGCUGAAAAGAAUGUUUUUCGGGGAAAGUUCAAAGAUAUCUUGGACUGUAUAAUAUUUAUACUAAUUAAUUUUCACUAAUAAGAUUUUAUAUAAAAAUUUUAAGUGACGUUUAUCGUUGAGUUUUUCCCGCGUUUGUGAAUGAUAUAUAUCUAAAUAUUAUCAAAAAAAAAAAAGUUAAAUGGUGCCAAAAUUGGAUAUUAAGAUUAUCUUAAUGUUGUCAACAAUGAAUUAGUAGAUUCUUCAAAACUUUUCCAAAUUUGAUGAACAUAAUAUAAGAAAUUGAGGUUAGGAACUGUUUAAAUCAUCACAAACAAUUUCUAUAGCAAAAACAAUCUAACUUGAAAGGUGAAAAAUUAUCUAAAUGUCAUUUCUACGAAAAAUUUACUUUGUUAAACUACCUGGUAAUAUUUUCCUCGAAAAUUGUGGAGUUUCUACUAAUACAUAACUUAAAUUAAGGGUUUAAGGUGCAGUAUUUUCAUUUUUAGUCCUCAAACAAAUUAUAAUUUUCUAAUUUGACCAAUUUUAUAUCGAUUUAUUAACUCCUUGCUUAAGAAACUAAUAUUUGUCUAAUUAGUUUUUCAAUGAAUCAAUAAACUUAAAGUUGGAAAUAAUAUGCAAGAAAAACAUAAUAAACAAAUACAUUUCUAUUUAUAAAAUACUAUUUACCUUUUAUUAUCAUUAUUCUUUUCAUCAAAAUGAUGUAUAUUAUCAACAUAAUUGACAGAGACAAUUGACAACGUCUUCUUUUUUAACUAGUUUGACGUUGAGAUAUUCGUAAUCGCGUUAUAAAACAAGAAGAUUUAAGUUCGAGGCCAUAAAAUUUAAUGAAUAAGAAGAGAAGAGAGGUUGGAUACGUAAUGUUUCCAAUAGGUAAAUCGAGAUAAAAUUAAAGUUUGGUAUUUCCGUGUGGAAAAUUUGAUUUCUUAUAUUAGUUGUAUAUUUUGUAUAUACGUAAAUUGUAUAUAAAUUUAAUUUAAUAAUGGGUGCAUUAGUUUUAAUCGAAAAUAAUUUAAACCGAUUUUGGCAACCAUUUUGAUUAUUAGUAGAACAUAUCAUAUAUAGUGCCAUUAUUAAGACAAAACUUCAAGUACUUAAACUCAUAGACGUAUGAUGAUGUCAUUAAUUUCUUCUUUUUUAUAUAAUUAUUGAAUUAUAUAUGUUCCAAACUACCCAUGAUACGUCUGUGAUUGAUUUGACGCAAUAUUAAUAUUACUAAUGGAAAAUUAUAGUCUAUAUUAAAGCAUUUGUGCGGGGUUGCCAAUUCGAAAAAAUCGUUUACAAAAGUAAUAAAUAUAAUAAAAACAAUAAACAUUUUUAUUUAUUUUAUAACAUAUGUCGUUUUGUGAUUAUUGAUUGAUUUUUGGUUUUUCACAAUACACUGAGAAAAAUUAAAUAGGUCAAAACACUUUCCAUUGAUAUUAUGGAAGCAUUCGGUAUAAAAAAAUUAUUGCGAGCAAUAUUUUUUGAAUUUUCGAUCGAUUUAGUGAUCAAAUCUUUCAAUUGAAAUUGAAAUAUUAUACAACAAAAAAUCCUUUUCAAUAUGGACCAGAUUUCUGAAUGAAAAUGAAAUUAAACAAAUUAUUAUCAAUAAAAUUAUUGGAAUACUUGCCAAAUAUAUAAUUUUGAUUCAAAUUCAAGUAAUCUUUCAUAUACUAAAUUUUAGUUCCAAAUUCUUGAUAUUAAAAGAAAUAUUUAAAUUAUGGCAACACUGGUAAUGGUUGUUUGAAUCCAUAACAGUAACCAGACAAUGUUGCCAAUUUUUAUACUGUUACAGCAAACUGACGAAAUAAUUGAUCUCGUCGAAAAUAUCAAAAUGAAUUAUGUUUGAACUGGAUCAUUUGAAUAAUUCUGAAAAUUUCAUAGAUUAUUUAAAUGACAAUUAUAAUCUGCUCAUUGGUUAGAAAUAGAUAGGGAGAGCAGUCGCAAGCAACCCCUUUUUGUAGUUAUAACCUCAUAUCAACUUUCUAGUAACUUUUAAAUAUCAUAAUAUGCAUUUAUAUCGAUUAUAAAUUAAAUAGAAGCUUAAAUUAUUAUGAUUCAUAGAAAUUAGAAAGUAUUAUAAGUGAAUAAACUAGUUGGGUUAAUUAUUUUGGUACACCUUGUAUAUAUAAUUGUUUGGAAUCUCCCUAUGCGAUACUACCAGUAUUUUGGUAAAUAAGAAAUAGUAUUUUCACUAGAAAUUGUGAUUUUUUUUAUUAAUUAUUUCUGAAUAGAAAUAAACGGUUUUUUUUUUCUAUAAAAAAAUUGCCCCGGGCGCAUCGUAAUUCACGACUGUCGAGUCACACCAAACAUUGAAUUUCGGUAUAAAUAGUCACUGUAAAUAUAUUUUUUAGUUUAAGUAGAUAGUAAAUAAUUAUUACAACUAACUUAAGAUUUAAUAUUCGCUGAAAUGCAUUUGAAAACAGGUCAGUUACGUAACAAAUUUGGAAUUGGGAGUAAUUUGAAAAUUGGGAAUUGAUUACCAACAAUAAUAAUCUAAUUUUGUUUCGAAACCGAAGUAUCAAGUUAACUGUUAAUUUUAAUUUAGGAAAAAGUAUUUUUUUAAUGUCGUUGACGCCUUCUAAUGUCGUUAUUCAACAAAAUGAGAAAUUCGUUGCUGAAUUUCCAAUUUUUAACAUUACAUUUAGUACAAUUUUUUAUGUUACUGAAACAUUCACAGAAAUGUAAAUGAAUUAUGCGAAUGCAGUAGUUAAACAGUAAAGCUGUCAAUGGGUAUUUAUAUAAUCGCUUUUUUCUUGUAAUAACAUUAUUGAACAUACACAUAAUUUUGUUAUUUCAGAAUUAAGUUAAAAUAAAUAUUCCGAUUUCUAUGUGUACCUGCUAGCUGGAAGAAUAUAUGCUUCAUUAAUA